AAGAUGAAGUGAUUUUAGGAGAGAUUUAUAUUCCAAAAUGAGCAACGCAUGGGCAAUUUUUUGCAAAUUUCAGUUUGUGUGAAUGAAAAUUUUGCCAUAUAAGAUAACGCAAUUCAUGAUGUGUUCCAGGGGGUUAUUAUAAUAAAAAAAUAUGUAUUUUAGACUAAAGGAAUUCACAGGAUUGACACAAUCAAAUAUAAGAGAACUCGGGAGACAGGGAAGCGGAGUUCAUGCGAACAGAGGAGAUGACGCGCUGGAGCCCCGCCCACAUUACACUGAAGCCCCGCCUCCUACCCUAUAAAGAGCACUUACAUGCGUGAAGGCGGUCAGACCGUGCUGUGCUGAUCUGAGGACGUUCAUCAUUCUACAAACAGUGUUUCUCUGUGCUCCAGGAUGGGUUUCGGCAGCAGUGGUGAACUGAUGGACCGGUCAAAUGUCAGCUUCUGCUCGGGCUCGUGUCACGCUGAGCACAUCCUGCAGGUGCUGAACUCCUACAGACGCAGCGGCACCUUCACUGAUGUGGUUCUGCUGGUGGACGGCUGUGAGUUCCCCUGUCACCGCGCCACGCUCUGCGCCAGCAGCGGAUUCUUCCGGACCAUGUUCGGCAGCCACUUCACAGAGAGCCGGCAGGCCGCGGUCACCCUGCAGGACGUCUCCAGAGCCGCCAUGGAGAAACUGCUGGACUUCAUGUAUGAGGGCAGACUGACGCUGGACGAGGAGAAUGUGCAGAGCGUCUUCCAGGCGGCGGAUCGUCUGGAUGUGCCGGUGCUGUAUAAAGCAUGUGUGCAGUUCCUGCAGGAGCGCGUCAGCCACUGCAACUGUCUGGGCCUGAUGUCGUUCGCUCACGCAUACGGUCUGCAGCCACUGCAGGAGCAGUGUGAGACGCUGCUUUACCGGGACCUCCAGCAGAUCCUGCGGCACCCGGAGUUCCUUCAGCUGGAGAAGCAGCAGGUGCUGGAUGUGCUGUGCUGCGAGCGGCUGCAGGUGCGGGAGGAGGUGCUGGUGGAGGCGGCGCUGCGCUGGGUGCACCAACAGCCGGCCAAGAGGAGCGCACACCUGCGGGAGCUGCUGGAGCCCCUGCGCCUGCCUCUGCUGGACCAGGCCUUCUUCUGCGGGACUCUGGAGGCGGACGAGAUGGUGCGGGACCAGCCCGAGCUCAGAGACCUGCUGCAGGAGGCGCGCCUGUACCACGCUUACGGCCGAGAGGUGCAGUCCAAGCGCACCACACCCCGACCGCGCUCCGGCUGGGCAGAGAUGAUCUUCGUGUUCGGCGGCUGUGAUAAGAGCGGGUUCUCCAGACUCUCCUUCAUGGAGAAGCUGAACGUGUGUUCAGGACAGUGGCAGGGGGCCGCCGCCGUGCCCGGAUACUGCAAAUCUGAGUUUGCUGCCUGCGAACUGCAGAACGACAUCUAUCUGUCAGGUGGUCAGCUGAACAGUGCAGAUGUCUGGCGCUUCAUGUCAUCUCUAGGUCAGUGGGUGCGUGUGUGUGCGCUCAGCCGCGGCCGCUGGAGGCACAAGAUGGUGUCGCUGUGUGGGAAGCUGUAUGUGGUGGGCGGGUAUAACGGUCGUGAGCGUGUGUCCACCGUGGAGCGCUACAGUCCUCAUGAGAACAGCUGGAUCAGCGUGUCGGAGCUCCCGCUGCCGGUCAGUUCAGCCGCUCUGGCCAGCUGCUGUGGGAAACUCUACGUCAUCGGAGGAGCCAUCAGCGACCACGCCAACACUAACCAGGUGCAGUGUUAUGACCCUCUGACUGACAGCUGGUCAUCCGUGUCUCCAUGCCCGUUCUCUCAUCGCUCCAUCAGUGCAGUCUCGCUCAACGGCUCUAUCUACGUGGCUGGAGGAUUGAUGGAGCACAUCUACUGUUACACACCCAGUAAAGACUGCUGGAGUCCUGCUGCCAAACUGCCCGUCAGAGUGGAGGGCUGUGGUCUGACGGUGUGUGCGGGGAAGGUUUAUGUGGUCGGUGGUCGUACUGAUGAGGCUACUGCUGUGAAUCAGUCGUGGAGUUUUGAUCCGCUCAGUGGUAAAGUGACGGAGGAGACACCGAUGACCCGCUGUGUCAGUUAUCACGGCUGCGUGAGCGUCCUGCAGCGACUCUGAACACACAACAACACUGCAAACACGACAAUACUGCACACACUGAAGCGCUGUACUGUUUCUGCAGCAUCACCACACACCGCUCUGAAUGCACAUCAUGACAAGCAGUGCUGGGGAAAGGUACUUCUGAAAGUAAUGCGUUACAUUAUUGAGUUACUCUCCAAACAAGCAGCUAGUUGCAUUAUUUAGUUACUCUUAUAAGUGAUGCGUUGCGUUACUUUUGCGUUACUCUGCUCUGCGUUACUUGUAAUGCAUUAGCCCGAACACUGGUUACCGUCACAUCACUACUACUGUUAAUAAUGUCGUGAUUUAUCUGUACAAUCAAUCAAUCAAUCGAGGGCUUUAUUUAUUCACUGUAACCUCACUGUGGGAAAUCCCCAAUGCAAAUGUGAAUGAUUUUAUACUGUGAAGAUGUUUUUACUCUUGUAUGUAAAUGUUAUAUUGUGUUACUGGAGUCUUGAAGAUCUGCUGUAUUAUGAUAAUAACACACGCACUGCACACAUAAUGUGAAAUCUGUCAUCUACUCUGAUCAUGACUGUCUGAAUAAUGGACUGAAGAUGCUUUAGAAAGUCUUGUUUGUCUGUAAAAUGAGAUGAAACAGGAAUAUUCAUCAUGACCAGGAACAUCAGCACUUAAAUUCAAGACCCGUGUCUUUUUGUUUUUACUGUUUAUGUCCUGAAAGGUGAUUCAGUAAAGGGUAAUAAUGUAUUGAUACAAUGUUCAACUAUGACAAGAAUAAAGUUAUAAAGGCAUCCACA